ACUUGGGGUCCCAGGAGGCAGGAACUAAGGCAGGGGGCUGGAGUGCAAUCUCUUGACCGCUAGGACCCAGGAGCCGCUGGGAUGCGGCUCUGGGAGCCAUCGCUGGGGUCACUCACGCCCGGCACCAGGAAGUGAAUUGCUCUCGUUGCAGUGACAGGGGCGCUCACGCAAGGUCUGCGAGUCUCGGCGGCUGCUGCUGGGGACCCCGGAGCCCUGGCUGCAGCCGGGAGAGGGGAAUCUCCAGCACUGACAUUCCCGCUGCUCCCAGGAGCCUCUCCCAGUGCAGAGCCCCCAGCCUGGCCAGGACCCGCCUUCCCGGGCCCUAGCCCCUGCUCCCAGGGCGGGCACCGCUUGGAGGGAAGGCUGCAGAAUAAGGACAACGUGUUGCUCCAGAUCAUCCCAUUUUUCUAGGGUAUGGGGAAGGGGAAUGGCUGUGGUGGAGCCAGCUCAGAUGCUGGUGACCUUUGAGGAGGUGGCUUUGUAUUUCACCGAUGGACAGGGGGCUUUGCUGGACCCUGGUCAGAGAGCCCUCUACGGGGACGUAAUGCAGGAGAAUUAUGAGACUGUGACCUCUCUGGGAUUCCCAAUUCCCAAACCUGACCUGAUCGCCCGGCUGGAAGCAGGAGAAGAGCCGUGGGUCCCAGAUCUCCAGGCCUCCAAGGAAAUGAAGAUCUCAAGAGGUACCCAUGCAGCAGGUGAUGAGACAAUGAGUGAGAACGGGGAGGGGAAACCACAACAGGAAUGUCCUGAGCAAGUGGAACUGCAAGGGAGCAUAUUGAGAAGAGCAGAUGGGAAUUUUUUCCAAUGCUUCGAAGAGAGAAAAGCCUGGAGUAAUUGGCACAGGUCAGAAAGGAAGCUGGAAAAUUGCCAAAGAAAGCAAGUAGAUGAAUCCAUUGAAAGUGGGAGAGGAGGCAAGGAUCUCAAGGAAACCACAGCCCAGCUGACAAAUCACAAAGGAAAGAAACCCCAUAAAUGCUUGGACUAUGGUAAAAGCUUCAGUGGGAGCUCAAAUCUUAUUAACCAUGGGAGACUGCACACGGGAGAGAGACCCUAUAAAUGCCUUGAGUGUGGGAACAGCUUCAGUAAUGUCUCUGGACUUUUUUGCCAUAGCAGAAUCCACACGGGAGAGAGACCAUAUAAAUGCCUUCAGUGUGGGAAGAGUUUCACUGUAUCAUCAGCCCUUAUUAUUCAUCAGAGAACCCACACAGGAGAGAAACCCUAUAAAUGUCUUGAGUGUGGGAAAAGUUUCCGUGCACGAUCAGCCCUUAUUGUACAUCAGAGAACCCACACAGGAGAGAAACCCUAUAAAUGCUUGGAUUGUGGGAAAAGUUUCCGUCAGAGCUCACAUCUUAUUAGCCAUGCAAGAAUCCACAUGAGAGAGGAGCCAUAUAAAUGCCUUGAGUGUGGGAAAAGUUUUAUUGCAGCAUCAGCCCUUAUUACACAUCAGAGAACCCACACAGGAGAGAGACCCUAUAAAUGCUUGGAGUGUGGUGCAAGCUUCAGUCGGAGCUCAAAUCUUAUGACCCAUCGGAGACUGCACACGGGAGAGAGACCAUAUAAAUGCCUUGAGUGUGGGAAAAGUUUCAGUGCACCAUCAGCCCUUAUUGUACAUCAGAGAACCCACACAGGAGAGAAACCCUAUAAUUGCUUGGACUGUGGGAAAAGUUUCAGUCAGAGCUCACAUCUUAUUAGCCAUGGAAGAAUCCACAUAGGAGAGAGGCCAUAUAAAUGCCUUGAGUGUGGGAAAAGUUUUAUUGCAGCAUCAGCCCUUAUUACACAUCAGAGAACCCACACGGGAGAGAGACCCUAUAAAUGCUUGGACUGUGGUAAAAGCUUCAGUUGGAGCUCAAAUCUUAUUGCCCAUGAGAGACUGCACACAGGAGAGAGACCCUAUAAAUGUUUGGAUUGUGGGAAAAGCUUCAGUCAGCAUGCAAGCCAUAUUAAGCAUGGGAGAAUUCACAAGGGGAAGAAACUGUGAAAAUGCCUCCACUGUGAGAAAAGUUUCAGUCAGAAUUCACACUUUAGUAGACAUCUGACAAUUCAAACAGAGAAACCCCAUAAAUGCUUGGAUGAUUGGAAAAGCUUCAGUCCAAUGUCAUACCUUUCUAAACGUUGGAGAAUUCACAUGGGACAGAAUCUAUAAAUGCCUCAGCUGUGGGAAAAGUUCAAUUCGAAGAUCAAACCUCACUUCACAUCUGACAAUCUACACAAGACAGAGAACCCAUAAAAACUUGGAUUGUGGGAAAAGCUUCAGUAACUUCAGGAAAAGAUUCAGUCUGAGCUCACACAUUAUUCCCCAUUGGAUAAUGCACAGAGGAAAGAGCUUGAAUGUGUGAGUACCUUCAUUUGGUGCUCACAUGGCAUGCAUCAUCAGCAAAUCUUCAAAAGGAAGAGGCCUCUCAGAUGUUAGGGAUCAUGGAGUAAGAGAGGAGGGUAUAGGAAAGAGAGGUGCUUCCUCUUAUCAGUCACAUCCUCAGCCCCUUUUCCCUGCCUUCUCUGCAUUCAGAAAGCACCAAAGAGAGGGACUGAUAUCCAUAGUCUCUUUUGUGGAAGGUCUAAAGGCCUCUGGAUCCCACCUCUGCCUCCACAGCAUCAGCCUCCAAGAGUGAGUCUGUGGUGGGAAAAAUGGUUGGGGUUAGGUAGCAAAUCUCCCCUGACCCUCCUCCACUUUUCCUAAUCUAGACUGACCCCAACUUUCUUGUAUAUACUGAUUUCACCCUUUUCCCUCCCUCCCCCCCCGACCCCAUUAGCAGAGUGAUUGCUAGAGUUACUGAGUUCCCCCUUUGGGGAGAGAGUGUCCCAUUCUCACAUAGUCUCACAUUGCUCCAGGUUAUGCCAAAAACAUUUUUUAUAUAUAUACUGACUCCCUUAGAGACCAGAAUUAAAUAGAUUCUAAUAAGUUCUGGAGCAGAGGUAGGAAAUUGUGGUAUUUUGGGCCCUGUGUUAUUUAAGGGUAAUAGGGUGAGUAGGGGGGAUUCCCUUCUCUCCCCUUCACUGUCACACUCCACUCUGACAUAGCAGCCCCUGUCUGAGCCAUGGAGAGUUUAUCCUCUCCCCAUUCUACUCCCCUAUCUCCCAGCAUGGCACUUCCAACAAUGUUCUUUGCUUUCCCUGCUUAAGCAUCACACUUUGAUUUAUUUGCUCCUGAUUCAGACUCCUGAGGGCUAGAGAUGAAAGUGUCACAGACCUGGAGGGGGGAAUUCAAAUGAACCCCAAACUCGGUUUGAGCUUUCUGAGCUAAAAUCACUAUUUCCAUCUCUUGGUAAAGUGGCUUCUGGGCUUUUUCCAGGCAAGUCCAGAGCAUUUAUAGAUGGGCAGAAUUUGGAUUUGGUUUGUUUUUGUUUCUUUUUUCCUUUUGUCCAAUGUCUAGUUGGCAGCUGGUUUCAAGUGGAGUACCCCAAGGGUCGGUCCUGGGGCCGGUUUUGUUCAUUAAUGAGCUGGAGGAUGGCGUGGACUGCACUCUCAGCAAGUUUGCAGAUGACACUAAACUGGGAGGACUGGUAGAUACGCUGGAGGGUAGGGUUAGGAUACAGAGGGACCUCGACAAAUUAGAGGAUUGGGCCAAAAGAAACCUGAUGAGGUUCAACAAGGACAAAUGCAGAGUCCUGCACUUAGAACGGAAGAAUCCCAUUCACUGUUACAGACUGGGGACUGAAUGGCUAGGAAGCAGUUGUGCAGAAAAGAGCCUAGGGGUUACAGUGGACAAGAAGCUGGAUAUGAGUCAACAGUGUGCCCUUGUUGCCAAGAAGGCUAACGGCAUUUUGGGCUAUAUAAGUAGGGGCAUUGCCAGCAGAUUGAAGGACGUGAUCAUUCCCCUCUAUUGGACAUUGGUGAGGCCUCAUCUGGAGUACUGUGUCCAGUUUUGGGCCCCACACUACCAGGAUGUAGAAAAAACUAGAAAGAGUCCAGCAGAGGGCAACAAAAAUGAUUAUGGGGCUGGAGCACAUGACUUAUGAGGAGAGUCUGAGGGAACUGGGAUUGUUUAGUCUGCAGAAGAGAAGAAUGAGGUGGGAUUUGAUAGCUGCUUUCAACUAUCUGAAAGGGGGUUCCAAAGAGGACGGAUCUAGACUGUUCUCAGUGGUACCAGAUGACAGAACAAGGAGUAAUGGUUUGAAGUUGCAGUGGAGGAGGUUUAGGUUGGAUAUUAGGAAAAAAUUUUCACUACGAGGGUGAUGAAGCACUAGAAUGGGUUACCUAGGGAGGUGGAAUCUCCUUCCUUAGAGGUUUUUAAGGUCAGGCUUGACAAAGCCCUGGCUUAGAUGAUUUAUUUGGGAAUUGGCCCUGCUUUGAGCAGGGGGUUGGACUAGAUGACCUCCUGAGGUCCCUUCCAACCAUGAUAUUCUAUGAUUUGUGGUAUUAGGAUACUGGUAAAACUUUUGUAAAUGACACAAUCAAGUAAUGAGAAGGUGCUGAGUAAAGCAGAUUUAGCCAGUUCAGAAGCAAAUGGAUAAAUUUGCUUUUUCUUCUUUUCGGAGUUAUGAUUGUGUGGGAUUUCACGUUUAUGAACCUGGGUGUUUUGUAGCCCACCUUGUACUGUUGGUUUUCCUCUCUUCCUCAGGGCUGUUUGGUUACAUACUUUGAUAUUAGUUUAGGUUGACAGGAUGUAGCACAAGUUUACUGGGGACUUUAUGAGACAAAUUAUCAUUUUCCAGAAGAGUCCUUUUUAUUUUAUUUUAACCUUUAUGCUUUGUCAUGAGAUAUUUGUGUUGUUUGAACAAUGAAAAUUAUCAAUAUCUCUGAGCACGAAUACCUAGCAUGAGUGCUAGAUUUAUACUCCAAGAGGCUGAGACUGAUCAGGGCAUGGAGUUACUCCUUGACCCCUUCAGAGAUACAGGAUACAGUCAAGAUGGGGAGAAGGUGGGGAGAGAGAGCUGGGAAACUGCAGUCUUGUCUAUUGAGACAGACAACUGAGGCUGAGAACUGUGAACUUGCUGCACCAAUGCCAAAGAGAGACAAGUAUUGCCCUAUGAGUGCCAGGUGAAGCCAUCCAUGAAAUCUAAAGGGCUACAAAUGAUACCUCAAGAGGAAUGAUGAGGCGAGGGGGCAGCAUCUCCCAAUUACUAAGAGGAUGAGCCUGGGCAGAGACAAGUAGGAAGCUGGAGAAGCCAACACACCUGGUCCAGCCUUCAAGCCAGGCUGACCCCCCGCAUUUAGGCCAGAGGAAGACGACCAGCCUGACAGCCCAGCUGGUCCCUCCCCCCACCCACCCAUCUACCAUCUUGUCCUGUGUGGGAACAACAGAGACUCACUCUGCCCAGCUCACCGCACACUGCAUCACUUUAAUCUAAACUCCUUGAAUUCCUUGCCCUCGGAGUGUUUGCUUUGUGACUGGGUCCCAGCAUCUCUCACAGGUUCUCUGCAGUUUUCUACCAAUUUGUAAAUGUUGCUCUCUUGCUGGUGCAUGGGGGAUUUGGGCACAGCAAUGUGCUGGGCAUGUAAAGUACGGAGCUGGGAUGGGCGUGGGAAGAGGAGUCUGUCUUUGUUCCUCCUUUGGAAGUAGAAUUUAGUUUCUCACACUCCAAAUGUAGUUUGUUUUACAUUAAAUACCCAGCAGAUUCACAGUGGAGGUUAACCGUAAAAGCAAUGCAAACAUGGUCUGGUGCAGAACUGCACAGCGAGGUCACCCAUACUAUGUGUGUACGUGUGUAUGUUUCAACCCAAGACUCCUGCUCUCUCAACCUUACCACCUACCUAAUUCUAGCUCAGACCCAUUUAAAUCAAUGGGGCUAUUGGCGGUAGUAAAAUUGAACAUGUGAAUGAGGUUUAGCAGAACAGGAAGUUUAGAGUGGUAGGUUUGGGAGUCUUUCUCUGUUGAUACUCGGCCUGUUCCACAUACCACAACUUUCCCCAAAUUCAUUCUUGUCUGGCUACAAAAUAAUCAUGUCUAAGUUAAUACCAUUAAUAUUUGUAAUACAGCAGAAGCCAGAGGCUCCACAGAAGACUAAGGCCAUGUUGUGCUAGGUGCUGUAUAUACACAUCAUGAGAGGCAGCUCCUAAGGGAAUGAACUUACAGUCUCAAUAUGCAGAACAACCAACUUAAUGAUUUUGUAAAUGUCAGGAGUGACUAUGUAAUCUAAAGGGCUACCAGUGAUGCCCCAAGAGGAAUGAUGAGGGGAGGGGGCAGCACCUCCAGAUUGCUGAGAGAACGAGGCUCUGCUCUUGAAGCAGAUAUUCAACUUAUGUUAUUGACAAAUACAGACUGUUCUUCCCUACAAUUACAGAACUUACUCCUAGAGCACAGGAUACAUUUUCUGAGAAAAGUAAAUCUGCUACUGGCUUCAGCAAUAAUCAUUAACAAUGGGUCUGUUCAGACAUUUAGCACUGACUGUCAGACCCUGCCAUGUAGUGAUACCAUUCAAAGCCCCAUACUGUUCUGAUUAAAGUAUGUUUAGUGCUUGUGGGCCCAGAUUAUAUUAAACUGAUUUUUAAAGUACAUUAGAUUUUGGGUAAGUUUUUCAAAAUCAUCUUUUCCAAAAUGACUUAGGGUUGGAUUUUUAAAGGUAUUAGGCACUUGAGGAUGCAGAUAGGGGCCUAGUGAGAUUAUCAAAGGAGGUUAGACACCAGGGGCUAAUUUAGGUGCCUAGCUGCUACUUUUGCUUUAGGUACCUGAUUCUGAUAUUUAGAUGCCACUGAUCCUCAACCCCUCCUCCCCACUUAGCUGUUGCCUAACUCUGAAGGUGUUGAAAGAGCCUAUGUACCCACAUUUCUGUCAUUUAAAUCCCCCAAGUGCCUACAGAUCUGGUACUGGGCAUGCUCCCAGCUGCCUCAGGCUAGGCGCACAGAUCCCCAUUUCAUAUCUAAACCCCAGCAUGCUCCUCACACUAAAUGUUCCCUGGCCUACCUUACAUGGGGCUGCCCCACUGCCCACUCAAAUUUAUCCCAGGCCCCUGCCCUAUGUUUGUGGGAGAGGGACACCGAGGCAAAAUUUGGUGUUGAAACCCACAUAGCACAAUGCCUCUCACUCAGUAUUGGCCCCAGAGCCUCCUCUCCCUCCAUCAUAACUGCAGUGCGACAUUCGGGCCCAUCCGGUGUGUGCAGAGCAUCAGCCCGGGAACCAGACUAGCUGGUGCUUCACUGCUGACAUCCAGGCACAGCAUGGGGAGCUGCUGUCAGUGCCCACAUAGGAACCAGGGGGCAGAGGUACACACAGGAGGGAGUGUUGCCUUCUGUGACAAUGCGGUUCUGGCGGGACCGAACUGAAAGUGCCAAUUCAGGACCAAUUGCUUAAACAGGGCAGUUACAGCCCUAGGCUGGGGUUUUUCCACCUCUAAGGCAAACCAAACCAGCCAGACAAAAAGGACUUUGGUUUCACCCCACUGGCUAACCACAAGUCACACAAUUUCUUUAGACACUCCAGUCUCCCUGUAUCACCACCAGUCCCACUCGUCCUGGGGAUGAAUGGUUAGGAAAACCAACACCCCAAUAAAAGAAAAAGGUUCUCUCGAUUCCAAAGACCCAGACCCAGGUCAAUAUACACAUCAGAUCUUACCCACAAAUCACUCUGUUGCCACUCCUUUAGAAUCUAAAAUCUAAAGGUUUAUUCAUAAAGGGAAAUAAGUAGAGAUGAGAGCUAGAAUUGGUUAAAUGGAAUAAAUUACAUACAGUAAUGGCAAAGUUCUUAGUUCAGGCUUGUAGCAGUGAUGGAGUAAACUGCAGGUUCAAAUCAAGUCUCUGGAGUACAUCCCCUGCUGGGAUGGUUCAUCAGUCCUUUGUGAAGAGCUUCCGUUUGUAGCAAAGUUCCUUCAGAGGUAAGAAGCAGGAUUGAAGACCAGAUGGAAAUGAGGCAUCAGCCUUUUAUAGGCUUUUCCAGGUGUAAGAACACGUCUUUGUUCUUACUGUGGAAAAUUACAGCAAAAUGGAGUCUGGAGUCACAUGGGCAAGUUCCUGCAUACUUUGCUGAGUUACAAGGCGUAUCCGCCUCCUCUCCAUGGGUCAGUUGUGUAGCUGAUGGUCCUUAAUGGGCCAUCAAGCAGGCUAGGCAGAGCUAACACCAACUUGUCUGGGAUGUCUCCCAGAAGCACAGCACAAAUUUGAAAUACAGACAGUAUAGAGCAGGGGUCAGCAACCUUUCAGAAGUGGUGUGCCGAGUCUUCAUUUAUUCACUCUAAUUUAAGGUUUCAUGUGCCGGUAAUACAUUUUAAUGUUUUUAGAAGGUCUCAGUCUAUAUAUUAUAUAACUAAACUAGUG